UGAGUCUAAGUCCAAGUGUUGAUCCCACCUUGAUUUCCUCUCCAUUGAAUUCCGUACACACACUUGUUCCUCUCAUUUCUCACCAUCACAAACACACACACACAUUUAUACUUCACCAAAAACUCUCUUUCAAAGCUUCUUCCUUCCAAAUUUAACCUUUCCUUUUCAUUUGAAACUCCAAGGAAUAUAAUUUACACAUACAUAUACUAUGCAUUCGUUGAGAAAACCCGCAUCGAAUGUUCGAGUUUUCGCAGCCAAUAGCAUCCUGAAUCCUCGCUCAGUUUUCACAAGAUCGAACACCUCAUUUACGGAAUCUUCAAGAAAGGGUGAAAGAAAAUACUAUGAGAAUCACGAGACCAAGAAACGAGAUUCGUCUUUUCUUGAAUCACUUUUGAGAUCAAUUUCUUACGGGGCCGUGAUUUUUGGCUCAACCUCAGCCCUUUGUUAUUCUUCUUCGUCUUUCGUGUCUUAUGCUGAUUCCGGAAGAAGAGAGCCCGAGAAGAAACCUAUCUUCUUGUUCAAAGAUACAUACCGGAGAAAAGUUUUCUUCAAGUAUGAGAAACGCAUAAGAACACGAAGCCCUCCCGAAAAGGUGUUCGAGUAUUUUGCAUCAUACAAAUCGCCAUCUGGCGAUGUGUACAUGACACCGGCAGACCUAAUGAGAGCAGUAGUGCCUGUAUUUCCUCCAUCUGAAGCAGAUAUUGUUAGAGGAGGAAACCUCAAAGGCGAACUCGUUACGAACGAACUUCAUUUCCCUCCUUCCGAUUUUUUUAUGCUCUUCGAUUUUGACAACGACGGGCUUAUUUCAUUUCCAGAGUACAUCUUCUUUGUGACAAUAUUGAGCAUCCCAGAAUCAAGUUUUUCAGUUGCAUUUAAAAUGUUUGAUAUUGACAAUGAUGGCGGCAUAGACAGAGAAGAAUUCAAGAAAGUGAUGUCACUUAUGCGUACUCAAAACAGACAAGGCGCCUCCCACAGAGACGGUAAGAGAAGCGGGUUGAAAGUCAAAGGGUCAGUCGAAAACGGAGGCCUCGUUGAGUACUUCUUCGGAAAAGACGGAAACGACAAACUCGGGCACGACAAAUUUGUCCAGUUCUUGAGAGACUUACAUGAUGAGAUGCUGAGGCUGGAAUUUGCGCACUAUGACUACAAGUCGCAAGGAACAAUUACCGCGAAAGAUUUCGUCUUGUCAAUGGUUGCAUCUGCAGAUAUGAGAUACAUAAACAAGUUUCUCGAUCAAGUGGAGGAGCUAAAUAACGAGCCGUUGCUGAGAAACGAACGUGUCACGUUCGAAGAAUUCAAGAACUUUGCUGAGCUUAGGAAAAGAUUAGAGCCGUUCUCAAUGGCACUCUUUAGUUACGGCAAAGUCAACGGCCUAUUAUCGAAGCAAGACUUCAAAAGAGCAGCUGAUCAAGUUUGUGGGAUCUCGCUUACGGAUAAAGUGGUGGAUUUGGUGUUCUAUAUGUUCGAUGCAAACAAAGACGGGAGCCUAAGUUCGGAAGAAUUCCUAAGAGUGCUCGAGAGACGAGAAAUGGAUAUUUCACAGCCACGCGAGGGUGGUUUCGCGGGUUUGAUUGCGUGCUGGUUGGAUUGCACAAAGAACUGUUCUCCUCCCAAGAAGUUCUAAUUAAAUUAUUAUGGGAAUAUGCAGCAGUCACUGUUUAUAAGACAAUGUAGAGAAAAUGACCUCACCGUGUUUCUCGUUUUUUUUUACGACCGAGCUUUUCUCGAUCGCGGUCUUCACAAAAGGCACAUAAGUUUCUUUGUACCAUGAGAAAACAUUGUCAAUACAAGUUUCUUUAUUCAAGAUUCGAUGUCUUGUUGCCCUAUCCGUAGACGAACCACACCAAUAAGUAAUACCUUCCGAUUUUAUUAACG